CGGUGUCAUUCUUGAACACGCAGUCAGGUGUCGCGCUUCUUUCACGCUACCGGCGACGCCCGCCCGGCGUUUUUCCCAUGUUCACGUCGCCAUAGUGUCGCCCUUUAUUUAUUUAUUUAUUUCUGUUCACUCAUGUGGAUGUAAUGUAUGGGAACUGAUGACGUCGCUCGUGCACUCUAGUGUGUUUGUAUGGGCGUGGAAAGUGUCAACGUGCGCCGACUAAGAGAGGAGGAGGAGGAGGAGGAAAAGCCUGCAGCUGAAUCAAGCGAGAGGAUAAUAUCAGCGACGGAAAUACAACUUGAACCGCAGGAAAAUGUGCUUUACAUCCGAGGAGUGAAGUUUCAAAGGGUCGCCUCCAGCUGUGGGCUGAGCUGCUGAUAUCGCUCUCUCCUGCAACGUGAGGAGACAGCUCAGCCUCCCUUCCUUCCUCACUGGAUGUGAGGCAGAGACGUUUCCACAUCAGGCCACUUGUGACCAACUAUACUGGACCUCCAUUUCAGAAAGUCCCCACAACACCAAGCAAUGAUGUAGACCUGACAACGACACGAUGAUGAUUAUGAUGAUGAUGCAUGGCCUCAGAGGGAGGAGAAGCAGCCACUGAUUCUCUCCUCCUUCACAAACACACCUGGCACUCUAUGUCUGUCCUGAUUGGGCGGCCAGAGUGCUAUGUCAUCAGCCACACCCCCUGCGGCCCCGCCUCUUAAGAAGGGCAGGAAGCCGGAUAAAUCGGAGGGGAUGGCUGACUCUGCGCAGGCCACCAAUGAGGAGCUGAGGAGCAAAAUCAUGGACGUCCAGAUUGAGCUGCAGCAGGAGCGGGGCAAGGUAUGUAAGCUUCGCGAGCGGCUACAGGAGCAGCGGCAGGCUCGGGAGCUGGAGCAGCACAAACAUGCUGUAGCAGUCACUGACCUGCGCGCUAAACUCCACGAAGAGAAGCUCCGUGAGAUAGCGGCCGUCCGUGAGGCCCUGGCACGGCAGCAUGAAAUCGAGCUGGCCCGGUCCAUCAAGAUCCGGGAUGCCGAGGUGCAGAGGCUCCAGGGGCUUGUACACGCACUCAGAGACGGAGCGGCUGACAAGCUCAAAAACGCUCUUCUCGGAGAGGCUCGGGAGGAGGCCAGGAGGGCUUUUGAUGGGGAAAGGAUAAAACUUCAGCAGGAGAUCCAGGAACAGAAGACAGCCAGGAAGCAGGCCGAAGAAGCGCUUGGAAAUGCUCUGCAGGCAGACAAAGCCAAGGCAGCAGACCUGCGCACAGCUUACCAACAGCACCAGGAUGAGGUGCACCGCAUCAAACGGGACUGUGAGAAAGACAUCCGCAGAGUGAUGGAUGAACUGAAGGGGAAGGAUCGGGUGGUGUGUGCUCUGGAGAGGGAGCUGGGGCUGCAGGCCGGCUAUGCUCAGAAGCUUCAGCUUCAGAAGGAUGCUCUGGAUGAGCAGCUAGGCCACGUACGAGAGGCCGAGAGACAUAACCAUGGCAGCCCCAAGAGAGAGAUGAUGCCUGGACUAGGGGACCACCAGGACCUGCUCAACAACCAGGAGGUAGAAGAGCGCGACAUGAGGAGGUUCCAGCUGAAGAUAGCAGAGCUCCAUUCCAUUAUCAGGAAACUUGAGGACAGAAAUGCACUGCUGGCUGAUGAGAGGAAUGAACUAUUGAAGAGGGUGCGAGAGGCUGAAAGCCAAAUGAAGCCCAUGUUUGAAAAGAAUAAACGGUUGUCCAAGAAAAAUGACGACCUCCUGCACACACUUCAACGCAUGGAGGAGAAACUGAAGACCCUGAGUCGAGAGAACGCUGAAAUGAAAGAAAAAGCCUCCUCCUCUCGACCUCCCUCACAACAACAGUCCAUUCAGCCACAGCUGAAGAGGCCAAGCUCCCUGACGGACCUGAGCCACGCCCAUGAAGAACAGGAAGUAGAGUUCCUGAAGCUGCAGGUUUCUGAGCAACGAGGCAUAAUUGACGAGCUCAUGCAGGAACGUGACCGGUUGGUGAUGACCAAAAAGAACAGGAGGAAACCUCUCAAACUAACUAAAAGGCAUGUUGUGGAGACAUAUUUUGGAUUUGAUGAGGAGUCGAUAGACUCAGAGACCUCCUCGCUGACGUCCUAUAACACUGACCUCACUGACCGCACGCCUGCAACUCCUGAGGAGGAUUUAGAAGAUACUGUUACCCGCGAAGAAUCAGAGCUUCGCUUCCGUCAGCUUACUAGAGAGUACCAGGCUCUCCAGCGGGCUUAUGCUCUUCUACAGGAGCAGACAGGGGGCUCUCUGGAUGCUGAGAGGGAGGCCAGGACACGUGAGCAGCUGCAGUUGGACCUCAACAGUUGUCUGGCGAAGAUUGUGGACCUGGAGAAAGCCCUGGCCGAGAGAGGGCAGGAUUCAAAGUGGGUGGAGGAGAAGCAGUACCUACUAAAGACCAAUCAAGAACUGCAUGAUAAGAUGUAUGCGUUGCAGCAGGCAGAGGCGCGGCUGCAGGCUGAGGUUCAGGACGCUCGGGACCAGAAUGAGCUGCUGGAGUUCAGGGUGCUGGAACUGGAAGAGAGAGAGCGCAGAUCUCCUGCCCUUAAUCUACACAUGUCUGCGUUCCCUGAGAACAGCAGCAGUGCCCUGCAGAUCUACUGCCACCAGGAGGGAGUCAAGGAUGUUAUUAUUCCUGAGCUGAUGAAGAAACUGGACAUCCUAGGGGAUAAUGGGAAUCUCAGAAAUGAGGAGCAGGUAGCAGUGAUCCAAGCAGGGACAGUGAUCUCACUGUGUGAGAAGUGGUUAAAGCAGAUAGAUAGCACAGAGGCUGCUCUGACACAGAAAAUGAUUGACCUGGAGAAUGACAAGGAGCUGUUCAGUAAGCAGAAAGGAUUCCUCGAGGAAGAGCUGGACUACAGGAAGCAAGCCUUGGACCAGGCCUACAUGAGGAUCGAGGAGCUGGAGGCCACGCUGUAUAGCGCUCUGCAGCAGGAGCAGCCAGCAUGCCGGGAGGUGGCCGAGUCGCUGACAGACAGGCAGAGGGAUGAGCUGAGGCUAGCUGUGGAGAAGCUGCGGCGUCAGAUUCUCCGGCAGAGCCGACAGUUUGACAGUCAGAUCUUACAGGAGCGCAUGGAGCUCCUACAGCAGGCCCAGCAGAGAAUUAGAGAGCUGGAGGACAGGAUUGACUUGCAAAAGAGACAAAUAAAGGAGAUAGAGGAAAAGUUUUUGUUCCUCUUUUUGUUUUUCUCUUUAGCAUUUAUUCUUUGGCCUUAAUGACAGUGACCCUGGACCCACAUCAGGUUUUAAGAAGCUGU